AUGAAAGCGCGCGGCCAUUUUGUAUCCAUGAUAACCUUGUUCAUGGAAGCACUUGCCAAGAAAGCCCCCAACGUAACAUUCAUCCACGGGUACCCGGGAGCCAUCGACGGGGGUAUGUUGAGAGAUCCCCAAGGUAUAUCGAUGUACGUGAUGAAGAUAGCAUGGAAACUCAUUAGUCCUUUUAUCACCAUUACGAGGGGAACAAAUGGAGAAGCUGGAAGUGGUGUGUAUUCCGUAGACCAGUUUGGGGAGAACUCGGGGCCUAAAGUUGCGGCCAUCCUGACGAAGUUUAGAGAGGAAGGAAUUUUCGUCUCAGCACCACCCGGUCUUGGUUUUGACCUGUUGAAGCGUAUCGCUAAACCUAGCAACAACGCGUCUAAUGGCCAGGAGGAGGUCGGAGAAGAUAGGAAUUCCAGAUCCUUUCCUGUCCAAAGUCAAGAUCUCUGGACAGCCAAUUUUGACCUUGUCAUAACUCGUUGCGCUAAUAGUGGCCAAGACAUCACGAUAUUGACAGAAAAGAUUAGCCCAAAAGCUCGUCUCAACUGUCUUUUAACUCAAAUUGUAAACGGCUCCUUCCGCCGCUUGAAUCUAAUCGUUGCCGUCAUGGGUGGGAUCAAAGCUGUACCAACUGAAGGCGUCGAUGGCCGCUCUGCCCGCGGUUCAAUAUCAUAA